AUGGUGAGCCGUGUACACGAAAAAAGUUCAGCUAUGUCCAACAACACGGUAACAUGGUUUAUCGUGCGAUAUUUAUCAACUGGUACAUGCUUAUCCGCUUUAAAAUUUGAUUUUUGUGUGGGAAGAAGUACGAUUGGAGUGAUUGUAAAGGACACAUGUAUAGUGAUAUGGUUAACAUUGAAUUCAAAAGAGAUGCCAAAACCGACCACUGAAGAUUGGGUGGAAAUAUCAAAUAUAUUUUAUACGAAAACUAAUUUUCCAAAUUGUCUAAGAGCAAUAGACGGAAAACAUAUAAGGUGUAAAAAUCCUAAUGACUCCGGUUCAUUAUAUUUUAAUUAUAAAAAGUACUUCUCAAUCGUUUUGAUGGCAGUAGUGGACACCAAUUUAAAUUUUGUUGUAAUCGAUGUGGGUUCAUAUGGUCGUGAAGGGGACUCUAAUGUGUUCAAGAAGUGCGCUUUUGGUAAACAAUUAUAUGAAGACAAAUUGAACAUACCAGAACCAGUUGUUUUACCAAAUACAAGUGCCAAUCCACAACUGUAUGUGUUUAUUGGAGAUGAAGCGUUUGCUUUACAUAAAAAUUUACUUAGGCCAUACCCUGGACGAAAACUUACUGCUUCCCGAAGAGUGUUCAACUAUCGAUUAUCCAGAGCAAGGCGCAAUUAA